AAAACUAGUUUUUUUCUCUCGACCUAGAUGGGGACACGGGCCACAACGUUCGCGGCCUUUUUCGUGGUGAUGGCUCCCGCAUGAUAGGAAGUUGUUUUUGAGUCACUGAACGGGUUUCUGUCUCAAGCGUGUGUGAAUUUUCGGUUGUGUCGAGUACGCCGGUGAUGCUUUUCUGGACUCUGGAACAUGCUCAGUGACUCGGUAGGCUAGCACAAACACCGGAUGGACAAGAAAAUCAUCAUGUAAAAUCAUCGUAGUACACCAUGGAUGACAGCAAGGUCCGUGCUUGGAAACGUGGCGACUUGACACCCGUUGACGAACUUUACAUUCGGAUGACACAGCGACAGGAGCAGCAUCUGAUACCCCUCAAAGAAGACGUGGCUGAUUGGCUGAACAAGACCCUCGACGUCGAGGACAUAACAGCGGACAACUUUAUGUCGAAACUGGACAACGGCGUGGUUGUAUGUCGUCUGGCCACACUGUUACAGGCUAGGGCUGAAGGAAGCCUCUUAAGGCCUUUCAAGUGCUGGGAGAAUGCCAAAUCCGGCUCUUUCUUUGCUCGGGAUAACACCGAGAACUUCCUGCGAUGGUGCCGAAAGUUCGGUGUCAACGAAGCUGUCAUGUUUGAGUCGGACGACCUUGUCCUUCACAGCCAAGCCCGCAGUGUUGUCCUGUGCCUUCUGGAGCUGGGCCGCAUCGCGUCAAAGUUUGGUGUCGAGCCUCCAGGUCUCGUAAAACUGGAAAAGGAGAUUGAAGAACUCUCGACGGACUCAGACCGGUCGUCUGCGUGUUCCUCUCCACCCUUGUCCAGAGCAAACUUUUCAGAUUCAAGCGACGGGACCAAACUGGACCAACUGGACCAACUGGACCAUGAUGCAUCAGGCCCUUUGAUUACCAACUGCGUGGAAGAUAACGUCCAAGGCGCGACGGACAACAGUUCCUCAGUCGUCAGACACAACAAGCAAACAAGAAAAUUGUCGGAGCUGGACCAGAAGGUUCGAAAAAUUGCCAGCCGCGUGUGCCAUACGGAAACACAAAUUAAACGCAUCUCCGAAGGCCGAUACUGCAUCGGAGGGCGCAUCUACUUUGUUCGGCUCUUGAAAGAGAAGCAUGUCAUGAUCCGGGUUGGAGGCGGAUGGGACACGCUGGAGCAUUUCCUGUCGCGGCACGAUACUUGCAACGUCAUCCUCCUCAACCGGCGAUCUUCCAUCGCCUCCGACGAUGGCACCUCAUCCAACUGUUCGUCCGUCUUUGGCACUGGUAGUCCUGUGAGCCCUGGAAGCCCUACCAAUGUGGGCCUCUCGCGGCCCAGGUACCGUAGUCCAGCAUCUAGUGUGUCCCUCACCUCUCUUAGCUCCUUGUCCAAACCAUAAUGUCAUUAUGGAGCACAGUCCAGUUCUAGGUUCAGAAUUCAGGGCAUUGGCAGGGCAGGGUAUUAUAUUUGUUGAGUGUGAAUACUUUUAUGUUUGUCACAUAUAUGUUCCCACAUGACCAAAGCAAUUAGGAGCGGACACUGAUAUGGAGUCUCUUUAGUCUACUUGCUGGUUUUGUCACAACUGCUGCCAAAUGGUGCAAAAAUACGCACACUUGAUGACUUGAAAUUAUAAAGAAAAAUCCAUCUUCGAAAAGUCUAAAAUGUUUCCUUCAACACACAUUCAUUCAUUUCACAUUUUACUUUUAUUUCAACUUGCCAGUUUCAAUGACAGUCGUUACUUGAAAGUUAAAAUUAGAUAGCAGAUAUUAGAAAUGUUUAUAACCAGUUUGCUGUGAAAGUGUGAGCUUCUUGAGUUUGAACUCUUGUUGUAUCCAGUGUAGCUUUUGACACAGAGCAACAAAGGUACUUUGCACAAAGGAUAGAGUAUUGUGAGAUGCCAAAGUCACUUCUUUUUCCACUGCCAUUUGCUUUUUUUUUUUCUUUGCCCGGUCUUACUGCUUCCACAUGUACUUCCAUUAAAGUGAAAUGCAACCACCAUGUUUUUAUGUACAACCAGGUAGAACUUGGCUUUGUGAUCCUUUAUAUUUUUAAUUUGAAUGAAUUUCAAAGACUGCUAAUUUUGUGAUGGCCACAGGCUUCUGCCAUGGGAAGCAUUGGAGGCCUCUGCAGACGGGUAUAACAUUAUAUUGAAGUGCAUUUGAGACAGAUUAAGCCCUGUCUUAUAGCAUAACAGCAACCAUUGAGUAGUUUAGUUUAAACCUUUUUCUCUCUCUCUCUCUCUCUCUCUCUCUCUCUCUCUCUCUCUCUCUCUCUCUGCCGUUACCUAUGGUCCGGUGUGAGUAGACUGACCAGGUGCAAAACCCAAUUAAUUGUGUCUGCUUCAAUGUUGCACUAACCUUGCAUCUUCGACGACAAAGCGUACGUUCAACGCCACCUAUAUACAACAGGCCCCUCUCUCUCCUUGGCUACGUGGACAUAUAAAGUCAGAAUUCGUCUGCUACCAUGUGUCGCUGUUCUGCAAAUUCAACAACUCUCACGUGAUUGCAUCUGAAUCGGUAGACAAAAAGUGCAACACGCUUUCCAGAAAAUCAGUCUGGAGAAAGAUACGGCAUUGCUUUGCACUUUAUUUUAAAGAUUUCCCAUUUAGUACACGUAUACUUGCAGACGACGGUGGUUCGUCUCCAUGGUUACGACCGCUCAAAGCACAUUGGCUACCGCCGUCGAAAACGUGAACCCGAUUGGCUGACUCUUAGUUGUUACGCCGCGCCUUACUAAUACUCAAUAAAUGGUCUGUUUUAUGAAGAAAUGAUCUGCACUAAAUCCCCUUUUCUUUUGAUCAGGUUGCAGUUUUUUGUGUUUAUAUCUCACAAAGUACAACACGUAGAAAAUAAUUUUGUUUCUCAGUACUGGUGUUCUACUUAAGAUGGAAAAGAAACGUCACUGAUUAGAUUGCUGGACACACAGAGGUCACAGUCCCUCCUGUGCCAGAUAUACUCACUGGCUGACUGGCUGCAUGACACUACUCUGCUGCAGAAAGUGCACUGAUGGUGCAUGGUGGCGUUGCAGUAUUUCUCCUCUUUAUCUCUAAUGGCGUGUGUAGUUGACUGAGUAGAUUUCUUUUCCUUCAUAACUUGAAUAUGACUCUUGUGAGCUAUACGAUGCGUGCAUGACGUAAUGAACCGUAUCAGUCAAAAUGUCACAACAGUGGCAAAAUGAUGGGUUGCGUUGAUGGAUAAUUUCAUGCAUGAGAGAGUAUUCAGAAUUGAUGCUAUUCAGCUGCUUGCAAUGUCUCGUGCGGAAGGCACGCAGAAAAGCAGGUGAACAACGGUCUCGCUCUUAAAGCCUCGAAUUUCUGCUGACAACCAGCCAACUCACCCCAUUUUUUUGUGUCUUCCGCUCUUGAGCUGUGCAUGAACGUAACUGCUUCCACGUAAUGCAAAAAUAAUUGCGAGAACUAUGAUUUUUGUGCAAUGUCUUCCCCCCUCCGGAUCUUCUUGGGAGUCAUCAUCGUAAAAUCUGCCAAAUAUAGUAAGAAGUUUAUUGAAAUUAUGUCCGCUUGUGAUGGCAUUUUCUGUGAAAUGGCCAACGUCUGUCAGUGUUUUACAUAAAUACAGACUUUCUUGUAUUA